AUGGCAGAAGUGAAGCUUUAUGGUAGUUGGUCAAGCCCAUUUAGCUACAGAAUCGAGGUUGCGUUGAAACUCAAGGGUGUUGAAUACGAAUUCAUAGACGAAGAUGUACACAACAAGAAGUCCCCUUUGCUGUUAAAGUACAACCUAGUUCACAAGAAAGUUCCUGUGUUAGUACACAAUGACAAGCCAAUUUGUGAGUCUCUGGUGAUUCUUGAAUACAUUGAUGAAACAUGGGAAGGCCCUUCCAUUUGGCCAGGAGAUCCUUAUGAAAGAGCCACCGCUCGCUUAUGGGCUAAGUUCUUUGAUGAGAAGUGUGUGCAUGCAAUGUGGAAAGUAUGUUGGAGCAAAGGAGAGGAGCAAGAGAAGCUCAAGAAGGAAUGUACUGAACUCCUGAAAAUUCUUGAGAGUACACUUUCGGGCAAGAAGUUCUUUAGGACGGGUGAGACUAUAGGAAUGGUCGAUGUCACUGGCAAUUUCGUGGCAUAUUGGUUUGGAAUUCUCCAAGAAUUGGCAGGACUGCAAGUAUUCACAAAAGAGAAAUUUCCCAAUGAAAAUCUACCUCCAGAAGAUAAGUUAGCCGCGCAUUUUCAAGCCCGUUUCCGAGCUGUUGCUGCUUCCAAAUGA